CCCCCAUGAUGUUAACUUCAUCUUCCUCCACUUCCUCCUCUCUAUUCUUCUUCUUGAAACCUCUUCAAUAAUUUCUCUUCCGAUAGGAAUUGAUCCUAUACAAGCUCAUACAAAGAAACCAGAAGGGAAGGAAAAAAUUCUUGAUUUCCUGGAAAGAAAGCUUUGUCGUGUCGAUGGAUAAUAGAGGGAAAGAUCCCAUACAAGAAGGAUCCUCGAGAUCCGUCGUGCCUUCCGGCGACCAUCUGCCGCAACCGACUCAACUGAGUCGCUACGAGUCACAGAAGCGACGAGACUGGAACACUUUUGGGCAGUACUUGAGCAACCAAAGGCCUCCAGUCGGAAUCUCCCAGUGCAACUCCACUCAUGUCUUGGAAUUCCUCCGAUACCUCGAUCAGUUUGGAAAGACUAAGGUGCACUUCAACGGGUGUGUGUACUUUGGCCAGCCAGAGCCGCCGGGGCCUUGCACAUGCCCACUCAAGCAAGCGUGGGGGAGCCUUGAUGCCCUCAUCGGUCGGCUCAGGGCUGCCUAUGAAGAAAACGGCGGGUUGCCAGAGACAAACCCAUUUGCCAGUAGCUCUAUUCGGGUCUACUUACGUGAAGUUAGGGAUUCUCAGGCUAAGGCUAGAGGAAUCCCUUACAAGAAGAAAAAGAAGAGACCGAAUCGGAGUUUGAUGAAGCCCAAUGGUGAUACUAGCUCAAGCAUUCCUCUUCACCAAUCUUGAGCUACAAAAAUUCUAGGAACUGGAGCUUGAGUAAGCCAGAAAAGUCCAAAUCACUCUUUGGAGCCCUUAUUGCCUAUCAUAUAUAGUCUUUCCCAGAAUCAAGAUUGCUUUUUUAUGACUCAAGGACUGUACUUUUCUUUAAAUGAGAGAGGCAAGUAUCCAAGGCAGCAGUGAUCCAGGGAAUACUUGUCUUGUGGGUGAGUCUCAAUUUCUUCUUCUUUUCCAAUCUUUUCAGCUCAGGUGAUGACUGUUUGGAGAUUUGGAACAUUUAAGUUCAUGAAUGUCUUCCCCCAUAUGUAUAACUAUUGAUGCAAGUAUAUGACCACUGCAACUUUCCCAGACA